AUGCCGCCCACAACUUCCGCUAAAGAACGAAAGCGUCAGCACCACCUAGAUAGAAAGAUAAUCUGGCAGGGUCCACGCGCAGUCCGAAAUACAAAGCUAUUGUCUACAACGCUCGCUAAGUUGGAUCCUCAUCUCGAAAACGACGAAAUGGAAUACAUCGACCGGUUCCAACGCAAUUUGGAAGCUCUUAUUCGAGAGGCUCGAUCAAUGCGAUACUUUGGCACGACACAACCGUUCAAGACGACAAUCGAUCGAAUGGGAGACUCUCUGGUUGAAUUCCUUCUCUCAAUAAAUACGUAUGGAGGCAUUGAUAGCCACGCCGAAAUUUUCUCAAUGGACAGUCUUGAAGAGAAGGAGUCACUGUCUCUAAAUGUCAGAAAUGAAGGUGAUAACCAGAAGACAGAAUCAGCAAAGCUGAAGGAGGAAGUUGCGUAA